AUGUCGGUAACAUGGGUAAAUGUUACUCAUUACAACCAACUUGACAAAGUUAUACAAGAUUACUCUGAUUACUCUGAGGUAACCACACCACUUGAAAAAAAUUGCUUAGUUCUUAUUCGUAAUCAAAAUAAAAUUAAAGAAAAACGUGCGAUGUUCUUUGUUGAAUACAACGUGGCAAUUCAAGAUUUGUUUGUGGUUAUGAUUAUGGUUAUGACUGUGUUUGUGUUUGUGUUUGUGUUUGUGCUUAUGAGUCUCUUUACCCAUUGGCAAAGCAUUCAAGCGGAAAAUUUUAUACACACUCUCACAGAAUGA